AUGGAUCGAGAGAUUCUACGUGAGGCUGCCGGCGACAGCCAUCGCUACCCGCCUGGCUACCUGAAGAAUUUGGCGGAGCAGUGCGUUACUGGAACACCCAGCUUCUCAGACUUCUUCAAUAAGACGCUCAUCUCCGUGUGGGAGUUCUGUUUUCAUCCAGACCGCUAUCCCUACUCUUUCACUGUCUACCGGAGGCUCUGGUAUUCUUUCACCCUGAAGCCCUUUAUCGUCUCUCUCGUUGCAGCCUGUAUUCUGACCGGUUUGCGAAAACUCCUGCGAAUGUUCUUUCUUUCGACGAAGGUUGGAAAACGAUUCACGGACGAGAAACAAAAACGGAAGGCUCUUACCCCGCUGUGGAAUGCGCUCUCCUAUUCCGUUCUGUUUGUCUUCGACUGCCACGUUGUGCUGAACAUCAAUAUCAACGACUUUCUCUACCCUCUGUGCAUUUUCGACACCAUCCGUUACAAAAGUACGUACGCUUUCUUUGAGCAUAACUGUUUUGCUGUCAAUAUCCUCUACAGAUGUGUUUUUUUUUCAACUUUUUUACACCUUGUUUACCUAGACGCGUUGUGUGCAUUUACAUGCUCCCUCGCCCCUUCUGCCACGACGAACAGUUAUUCCACCGAGAACGCAGUUAUGAUGUGUGUGAUAAUUGGUUUCUAA